AUGGCUGGGGAAAAUGACUCAUCAGUAACUGAGUUCAUCCUCAUAGGAUUUACAGACCAAGCUCAACUCCAGUUACCCCUCUUCUUCCUCUUCUUAUUAAACUAUAUGGUCACUGUGGUAGGAAAUUUGAGCUUAAUUAAUCUGAUAUGCCUGGACUGUCACCUUCACACUCCCAUGUAUUUUUUCAUCUUCAACCUUUCCUUCAUAGAUCUCUGCCAUUCCUUUGUCAUUACUCCUAAACUGCUAAUGAGUUUUGUGUCAGAGAAGAACAUCAUCUCCUUUGCAAGAUGUAUGACUCAGCUGUUUUUUUUCUGUUUCUUUGUCCAUUCUGAGUGCUAUGUGUUGACAGCCAUGGCCUAUGAUCGCUAUGUGGCAAUCUGUAAGCCCCUUUGGUACACAAUCACCAUGUCCCCUCAGGUCUGUUCUCUGCUGAUGUUUGGUUCAUAUGUGAUGGGAUUUGCUGGUGCCAUGGUCCACACAGGUAACAUGGUCAAAUUGUCCUUUUGUGAUUCCAACCUCAUCAACCAUUACAUGUGUGACAUCGUCCCCCUCCUCCAGCUGUCCUGCAGCAGUGCCUAUGCCAAUGAGCUAGUAGAUUCCAUUAUUGUGAGUACAGUUGUACUAAUAUCUAGCUUAAUUAUUUUUUUUUCUUAUGCUUUGAUCCUCUCCAAUAUCCUCCACAUCUCAUCAGCUCAAGGUUGGUCCAAAGCCUUCAGUACUUGUGACUCUCACAUAAUAACAGUUGCCUUCUUCUACGGUUCUGGGUUGUUCACACAUCUCAAGACCUCUUCUGAUGGUUCUAUGUGCCAGGGGAAGUUUUUCUCAAUAUUUUAUACCAAUAUAGUACCCAUGUUGAACCCCCUCAUCUAUAGUCUAAGGAACAAGGAUGUCAAGCUUGCUCUGAAGAAAGCCCUGAAGAGAGUUGCAAACUAA